GAUUUCGAUUUAUCUGCCAAGUUCCAGCUCUAGCUGCUUGGACCUUCCAUAUCUCACAAUGUUUAUUUGGAUAACUGCGACAUCUCAAAUUGUGCAAUAAACUGACGUAGACGAGGGCAGCGUGGAUGCUCUCUGGGCGGCAACAUGGCGUACAUCGACCAAAAUGGCCGCGUGUGGGAGAGGCGACCUUGGGACUGGCAACGGAUAGUGGAGCUCUUUGUUGGGAUCUGGUUCGCCAUCAAGCACCUAUUUGGGUCAUUCCUGGCUCCCUUCACGGCCAACGACAACAAUGCUCGCCGAGGCAACAAUGGCUGGGGCGGUAGCGGCUGGGGAGGCGGUGGUGGUGGCGGAGGCGGAGGAGGAGGAGGUGGUGGCGGCGGGAGAGGAGGAGGCAGCGGCUACAGAGGAGAAUACAGGCCAAACCGACGAAUCGGACGCAUACAGCCAUCCAUGUCGUGCAAUAUUCCUGUCGCUGGCGGCGGAUGAGGAUAGUAGCGACAUCCGGUCCCAUUUGGGACGGAUGUCGCGCCGACUGUAAGCGGCCAAGUCAAACAGCACCACAAAUAAUCGGAAAUUGAGAUGGUUCAUCACGCCCAUGUGGCGUCCUAUGACGCAGCCCUCCUAAACUCUUACACUGAGCGGAGUGCAGCCGAUAAAUGAGUCGUCGAUUUUUCCGAUCGCUGUUUACGUGGCCGUAGUCGGUCUCUCGAAAUAGCUUACUUUUUCUACUUCUGAAAAAUUAAGGCUCCAUAUUUGAAUGUUUACGGGUAACAAAUAAGGUAAAUAAAACAAAUGUAUUAUCCAAAACACCUCGAAACAACUUGAAAUGUAGCAUUUUUUAAUGAAAUAAAAAGAAUUGCAAUAUAAAA